GAACGAGUGCAUUUUUAGCAUGUUCGCUUCCUGGGCCCUCACAACAACAAAGGUGGCCCAGGAGACCCCCCUGAACCGCUUCCGUAGCCAUUUUUUGGGCUCAAGCCGUUUUUUGCUCGGGCUCCCGCAGCUCAAGCAGGCAGGCCUUCGGGGAGGCGGAUCGCCUGGGGACUCCCGGACGCAGACAGCAAGCAGAGUUCCCAUAAAGAUGGCGGCAGUGGUGGACAAGUGGGAUGUGAAGCAGAUGGAGUCCGGAGACAAGGCGUGGUCACAGCGGACUGGCCCAGAGAAGGCUCUCUUCGUGAUCAUCCAGUUGCUGAAGGUGGUGAUGGCGGUGGGGCUUCUCUACAUCUUUCUCAUCUCCCUGAGCAUGAUGGGCAACGCGUUCAAGGUCAUCGGCGGCCCCACCGCUGGGGCGGUCUUCCGGAACAACGCCAUCUUCAACAAUCCGUUCGCCGGUUGCUCCCUCGGGAUCCUGUCGACGGUGCUGGUGCAGUCCUCGUCGACCAGCACAUCCAUCAUCAUUUCGAUGACAGCGGCAGGCCUAAUCGAUCCCAAGAACGCUGUUUACAUGAUCAUGGGGGCGAACAUUGGCACAUCCGUCACCAACACAAUCGUCAGCAUGUCCCACAUGGGGGACGUGGACCAGUACCGCCGGGCGUUCGCGGGCGCAACGGUGCACGAUUGCUUCAAUCUGUUGACAGUGUCCAUCCUGCUCCCGCUCGAGUACUUUACCCACAUGCUUUACCACAUCGGCAGUGGCCUUGUCGAGUCCGCUGGCAUCGAGGAGAACCAGGAGAAGCAGGAGAAGAUCGACUUCAUCAAGAAGCUCACGAAGCCGGUCACCUCUCGCCUGAUCUCUGUGGACAAGAAACUGGUGACCAAGGUUGCGCAGGCGAGCGACCAGGACACGCUGGACGACCUGCUGGCACAGUCGAUCAUCCAAAACAAGCGCACUCAGGACAACCAUUUGUUCCUGGACACCCCCCUGAGCGACGGGGGGGCUGGGUGGCUGCUGCUGGUCAUCUCUCUGGUGAUGCUGUCUACCACGCUUAUCCUCCUGGUCAAGCUGCUGCAGACGAUCUUCCGGGGCCGCGCCGCGAUUUGGAUGCAGGGGCUGCUGAACCUGGAGUUCAAGACGGUGCCCUUUGUAGCCGACUACAUCCUCAUCCUCUUCGGCGUGGGCAUCACCAUCCUCAUGCAGAGCAGCAGCAUAACCACCUCGACGCUGACGCCGCUCGUCGGAAUCGGCCUCAUCAAGCUCGACAAGAUGUUCCCGUUCACCGUCGGCGCGAACGUGGGCACCACCGUCACGGGCAUGCUGUCUGCGCUGGCGGGCUCAAACGUCGCAACUGGCAUGACGGUGGCGUUUGCGCACCUGUUCUUCAACCUCAUCGGCGCUCUCAUUUGGUUCCCGAUUCCUGCCAUGCGCGCCGUGCCGCUCACCAUGGCCAGGGCGCUGGGUAGCGUGGCCGCCGACCUGCGCUGGUUUCCCGUCGCCUACAUCUUCGUCCUCCUGGACUGUCCAUGCGGCCACGUGGGCGGCACGCCCAGCAUGAAGAUGGCCACCGCGGACGGCGAGGGUCGGUCCGCCGCGUGGGAGGAGUCGAACAUCGGCAGCACCGACAUCGGCGGCGCGAGGCAGUGGUGGCUGGCGCCCUGUGCCUACGGGCUCGGCUGGUACUCGAUCCUGGUCCUGCUGAUGGCGGUGCCGAACGCCAAGUUGUCCGACAUGAAGUACGCGUCCUUCGACGCUCGGGACCACGUCGGCAUCGGCGCCUGGAGCGCGUGCUCCGCAAUGUUCGCUGAGGAGGUGGGCUGGGCCCCGAGCCCUCUAACGGGCGCGGCCCUUGAUGCGCACCUCGCGACGUGCAUGGAUGGCCUCAGCUCCGCCUGCGCCGACCAGAGCGACUUCUCCACCGUCCUGGGCGCCAACACCGUCUACGAGGAGUCGUGGCAGGGGUGCCCGAGCGCCACGACGGCGGACUGGCUGAGCGAGUGUGAGGCGCUAGCUGGGUGCGGAGACCUGCAUGCGACGCAGUGCGCCAACGUGUCCGCCGCGGUCUCCCGACCGUACACCAUCGACUACAGCCAGUCUGGCACCAAGUGGGCCGCGGCCCCGGCGUCGUCCUGCAGCUCGGACGCUUUGCCGAAGGCCUGCUGCAUCCCGCUCGGCGACCUCUGCACGGACGUCGGCGGCCUGACGGCCGCGGGCGGCCUGAGCGUGGCCGGGAUCGUCUUCUGCCUUUUGGGGAUGGCGGCGAUGCUCGCAUACCUCGCCAGGGGGGACAAGCGGGAAAUGCGCAAGGUACUCUGGGGCACCGCCGCCUCCUUCGGCGUGGCCUGGGUCCUCCUGCUCGCCGCGUGGGCCAGCGGCCUCAGCGCGCUGGGGAAGGAGACGACGUGCUGGGUCCAGGACGACCAGAACGACGGCAUCGUGGCGGCCAGAGGCAAGCUCGGGGACAUCGCGAACGGCGUCGGCUACGGGCUCGGCUACAUCAUCGGGGGCUGGGCCCUGCUCAGCCCGGUCCUCGCGGUCACGGCGCUCCGCGUCGCGGCCGACUUGAAGGCGGACUAGAUCUCGAGACCCCUUGCGCACGUGACGGCGCGGAUGACCCGUCGUGCGAGCCUUCCUCCACGGGCAGGCCAGCCACAGCGGGCCUGCACGCGGCUGGUCGGGCUGGCCGUUUUUUGUUUGUUGGUUUUUGCUUCCCCGCCCGGAAGCCUCUUUGCCCCCCGCAGCGCGACAGCGCCGCUCGCAGUAGCCCAGGCCGAAAAGAUGGAAGGAGGGGGAGGGGGACGGGGGAGGACGAGCAGCAGAGCACGAUCUGACACCCACAACAGCAGCAGACCACGAGCCCGGAUCCUGGGGCGGAGCGGCUUCUGUACAAUACGAAGCUCGCUCGCGGGUUGUCGCGCAAGCGCAGUGAUGCGGGAGGCUUGGCCUGGCGCCGCACCCUCGCACCGUGGCCGCCAAGCCAUGCCUCUCCAGCGCAGCUGUCUCAGUAUUUUGUCUGCGCUCGCCGCGCACACCUCCGGCGUAUGGACCGACCUCUGGCCCGGUCGCCGCAUUGUUCUCCUGUCCGCGGCGCGACAGUGCCUUCUCUUGCCGUCCACAUGCGGUGGCAAGUGGCGAUGACCGAGCAAAUGAGGCAUCGCGACUUGACCGCUUCGCGCCGAAGAAGAAGAAGCGCCACCUCCCUGGCGCAGGCGUUCCCUCUUCCCUCUGAGUGAGGUCUCGCGGCUGCAUCGCUCUGCCCACCCGGGGGAGGCGUGUCUGCAGUGCUCCGCCUCUCCGGGGGCGCCGGCCUGCCUCUCGCGCCGUGGG